AUGCGACGGGUCCCGGCCAGCCUGUCGGCGAUGCCUUCAUACCGGCACGACCUGCUACUAUGGCUACGGCAAGGGAUGGAGGAAGCGAAAGUCAGUGAACCAGCCAGCUUCGAUCAUGGUGAAUUGGUAUUUGUUAAAGUGGAAAUGCUGACCAAAUUUGCCUACAGAACCGCGGAGGAUCUUACAGCCACCUCACGUCGCUUGGCCAGAUAUGAGACUCUCUUAAACCAGAUCAUGCCCAUGGUUUCUCCCGAAGUCAGAGCCUUGAUUGAGGACGCCGGUGAAACUGAUGGUUCGAAUGCGUCCAAUACCUCGGAAACGCCGGAAAUCGAUUUCGGUGUGCCUCCUCAGCGGCUCGACUCGGGUCUGGUCGGUCCUGGCGGCCGGAUUAUCCUGCCCUUGCCUGUUCCCAGCCCCCAUGUUCCUGUGGUGUCGCGAUCGUCCACUUCGUCCGGGACAUUCGAAGUGGUGCCAGGAACUACUGUCGGCCCUCCACCAUCUGUACCACCACCGCCAUCUCUACCAAGUGGCACGCCUGCCUCAUCCUCCAACGUCUCAACUUCUCAACGACUGUCACCGGAUUCCAUUGCCUUGACUCGAUUACCCUCCAUCACAUCAGAGGGCAUCCUGCUCGAGACGGGUCGUGCCCCCGAUCUCUCGCCGCCGCCGACGGGGCCUCCUCCUCUCCUAGCGCAGGGACAGUUGGUCCCCGAUUCCACCGGCAGUUACGGACCAGAACGGUUGGGGUCAUUACAGGCCUUGCCGAGUCACACCUCUCUUGGAGGUUGGUCCGCUGAAUCCCAUUCUAGACGAUUAAAUGCUGACUCCUGGACAAGAGACGCCGCGGUUGCCACAGUUCUCCCCUGGUUGACGACGAGUUGA